AUGUUAGAUCUCGCAGUUGGGUACGUUAAAAAUAAAAAAAUGUCAUCGAGAGAGGCUGAAAAACAUUUUGGUAUACCGAGACGGACCCUUCUGAACAAAGUUCAAGAGCUGCACCAAAAAAAAAUAGGAGCUCCAACGCGACUUACUGAGGAAGAAGAGAAGAAUAUAGUAAAAGUGGCAGUUGCAACUGUAGAGCCUGGCAAGUCUGUUUCAAUAAGCGAUUUCGGUUUGUUGAGUUGUUCAAAUCAAGAAGUUACAGAGACUCAGACCUCUAAAAAAAACAAUGGAGUUGGAGCGAAAAAAUCAAAAACAACAAAAAAAAAGACUUCUAUUACAAAUCAAGAUAAUCCAGAAAAUAAUGAUCCCGUAUUUGACCUCUUUUUAGACAAUACAGCUAUUGGACAGCCAAUAAACGAUAAAGAUGAAACCGCUGAUAUCUAUAAUUAUUUGGAAGAAGAUAUUUUGAAUGAUAGCAAUAUACUGUUAAAUCUGACAUGUGACUUUUAUAAAAUUGAUAAACUUGAGGUAUCGGACAGCAAAAAGGGUGAAACUGUAACAAAGUGCAUCUUAGAUGAAAAAACUGUGAUAAUAGACACUAAUAACUUUGACGAAAUUAAUGAAAUUAAUGAUGAGCCAGUACACAAUGAAAACAAAGUCGGAACAAGUUGCACUUUGGAUAAAAAUGGUAAGAUAAUAGCCAUCAAUGACAGUGACGACAUAUUCAGUGAUAACACCCAUAAAUUUACUGUUGAGUCUGAAUACCAAGAGCAAGAGAAUGUAUCAAGAUGCAUUCUAAAUGAGAAAACUGGAGUUCUUCAAUAUACAAUAGCCACCCGAGUGAAGCAAGUUAUAAACAACAAACCAGUAUUGCGAGAUAAAAUAAAGUUAACCUCAUCUAAAGGCAUGUACACUGAAACUGUGACAGGACCUAAAAAAACAAGAACAUUUAAAAAUGACACCAAGAUUGCAUCUGACAACAUUUGCCCUAACAUUGUAAAUAUUUUACCACGUCGCAGCACAUCUGAUUAUGGUAGCACACAACAAAUUAUAGACUUAAAUGAGAAGAGAGAAGAAUUAAAUGCAAACAAUUUAAAUAUAAAAAAGUACAAAAAUACUAAACAUCACGAAAAGCUACAAGACUCAAAACAAAAUAUUUUAACCGAAAUAAAUACUUCUACGAAUGAAACUAAAGUUAUUUUGGAGACUGGCAAAAAUAAUGGCAAAGAAAACAAAACUUUUAAACAUACUGAUUUAAAUAAAGAAAUAAAUAAAUGUGCAGAUACAAAACAAAACACCAAUCGAAAGUCCGGAAAGAAAAUAACUAAUCAACCAAAGAAAAAAAGAAAAAGCAACAAAUCAACCAUUGAACCAAAGACAAAACCAGCCCGCAGAACAUACAAGAGAAAUAUAAGUGAAACAAGUAAUAGUGAUAUCAACAUUAGUACUCACAGUGAUUCAGAUAUCUGUGAUAUAGAAUCUGAUAAGUCCGACAAAGACAUUCAAAGUUUAAAUACAAAACAGCCUAAAACAGAGUCAAUGAAAGAUAAUAAAACAACAAUAGCAACGGAAACAGAAAAACCUUCAUCGAGCUACGACGACCAUUUAAGUGAAGCUUGUUCUAAUAUCAAUUAUGCUGUUGGGGAUAUUAUAUUAGUCAGAUACUUUUUUAAGAAAAAGGUUGAUUAUUUUGUCGGUAAAGUCAUAGCAAAAGUAGGAAAUGAUAGAGUAAAUGCAUCAUUUUUCAGACGAACCGGUAGAAACGACAAUACCAAGUUUAUAAAAACCAAAAAACAAGAAGUAGAAAUAAUUGAUUGUAAGAAUAUUGUCAAAACCGUGAAUUUACUUACAAUUAAUACCAAUGAAACAGAGUUUGUUCUAGAUGAUGAUGAUGACUACUUAUAUUUCGAUUAUUAG